UAAACGAGGUUAACGGACUUCACGUUUUGUUGUUCCUUUUUUUUGUUUCACUGUUUACCGAACGACGUUUACUGUAAAGCGUCCUGGGUUAGUGUGUUACCUAAUGCUGUGUUGUCCUGUUGUGCUUUGUUGUUGAUCGCGUCCGGUGUUAGCGAUUAGGGCUAAUGAUUAAUUAUCUAAUUUUUAUUGUUAAACUGUAAUUUUCAUUAUAAUUAUUGAUAUGUUUGAGUAAAACAAUAAAUUGCUUGAAAUUAUUAUAAUUUUGAGUGUUUGUGUUUUUUUGAAUGAAUACGUUUUAAGUUGUACAUUUAUAAAUGAAUACUCCGUUUGUUGAAGGAUGGAAUAUUGUUCAAACAUUGGGCGAAGGAACAUUUGGCGAAGUAAAACUUUUAAUGAAUCAAAGUAAUCAUUGCUUUGUGGCCAUGAAAACAAUUGAUUUGCAAAACUAUUCUGAUGCAUUGGCUACGGUAAAAAAAGAAGCAGCUAUACAUAGCCGAUUGAAUCAUUCAAGUAUAAUAAAAUAUUAUGGACAGCGUCAUUCUAUAGAUACUUAUUAUAUAUUCUUAGAAUAUGCAUCUGGAGGUGAACUAUUUGAUAGAAUUGAACCGGAUGUUGGAAUGCCGCUGUCUGAUGCUAGAAAGUUCUUCAAAGAGUUGAUUGCUGGAGUUGAGUAUUUACACAAUAAUGGUAUAGCGCAUAGAGAUUUGAAACCAGAAAAUUUAUUAUUGGAUGAAAAUGGAAAUCUAAAAAUAAGUGAUUUUGGAUUAGCCACUAUGUUUUUAUGUGGUGGAAAACGGCGUAAGCUGGAUAAGAAAUGUGGAACUAUUCCUUAUUUAGCACCAGAAGUUCUUUCACUUUUACCUUAUCAAGCAGAACCUUCUGAUAUUUGGGCAUGCGGUAUUAUACUGGUUUCGAUGCUCGCUGGAGAGUUGCCUUGGGAUAUGCCAUCUGAUAGUGAUGAAGAUUAUAAAUUGUGGAAAACUACUGACUAUGCUAAUCAUUCACCAUGGAAUAAAUUAGAUAAUUUAGCCUUGUCUCUUGUGAGAAAGAUAUUAACACCAACACCGUUCAAAAGAUAUGAUAUAUUAAAAAUUCAGUCACAUCAUUGGUUCAAAAAGUCAGAAACUCGUGAUAGUAAAAAAGUAGGAAUAUCUGUUCGGUCCGACAGAGAUUUGGACGAUGGUCGUCAAUGUUAUUCUCAACCAGCUUCGGCAGCUGUUGCAUUCGAUACUUCUAUGUCACAUAGUGAAUCUGAAAUACAUUCAUUUUCCCAGCCAACACAGGUGGACGAUCUGCUUCUGUCUUCACAACUUCUUACAUCACAGUCCAUCUCCACACCAAAUAACUCUAUGCAGAAAUUAGUCAAGAGAAUGACAAGAUUUCUAGUCAAUUUAGAUUACAAAGCAGCAUUAUCCAAUUUAGGUCUGUUCCUGGAUGAUUUGGGAUAUAUAUGGAAAAUCAAUACACCUAGUUUGUUUACAAUUACUACUACAGAUCAGCGCUUAGUGUUUAAAUCAAAUGUAAUUCCAAUGAAUCAUCAAACUCUGAUUGAUUUCAGACUUUCAAGAGGCUGCGGCUUAGAAUUUAAGCGGCAUUUUGUUUCCAUUAAAAAUUCAAUGUCUACAUUGAUUGAAGUUGCAUGGCCUAUUGCUACUGAAACUGUAUCUUAAAUUAUUGUUAGUGUUAUGAGUACAUAUAAGACUGACUUAUAAUAGAUUGAUUAAAAAUGUUUUGGUACCCAAUUCAGAAAAACUAAUGUAUAAUAAACAUAUCAAUCAAAGAUAUAAGUAAAAUAUCUACAAUCAUGUAUUAUGUAUGUUAUUAAUUACAUAUAGUUACAAUAGAUUCACUGAAUAUUUACUCAACUAAACUAUUACAGUUGUAUGACAACAUAGUUUCUUAAUUUUUAAUAUUAUCAAUCAUUAGUCUAUGAUAAUUACUUAUUUUUAUAAAAUGUAUUUUUGU